CACACAACAACCAAAUUCUGUAAAUUCAACACUGUAAUCAUUAUAGAGAAUAAACUUUGAAUUUGAAUUUGAUAUUAACUUCCUGAGACUCAAUAAAAGGUAUAAAGUAAAUUAGCCUCAUUACAAGGUGAUCAUUCCCUUGGCAUUCAUCCAGCAUAAAGACAUGAAGAUGGAGAGUUAUGAAUUUGAACAUCAAGCGAGUUGCAGCAGUUGUAAACAUCAUCACAAAUGUGGGUCAGGUUUCCGUGUCUGUCGACUGGGAAAGGCAGGACUGCAACAUAUGUUACUGAAGAACACCUUCUUGAAGAAUAUACCAGAGGAGCUCAUGUGGAGGCUGACGGAGAAUGUGCCAGCGGUCGGUGUGUACCUUGAUCCAAGUGUAACAAAGGAGGUGUUCCUGGACAUCCAGAAUUUACCCUACGCUGGAGACAAUGAAUUACCUGUAUCUUGGAUUUCUCCCACCGUUUGUGGUUAUCUGGGUAUGUUAGGGACAGAGAAAGGCUUCAGGAGACUGGGACAUGCAACUCUGGUAACAAGGGUAGCAGCCAGACUAUUAGCUAGUAAGGGUUGCAUCCCUCACUGCAACGUAGACAUCACAAACGCAGCUUCUAAAGAGAUGUUUAAUAAGAUGACAGGAUGGGAACAAACUCACUCUGGAAUAUCGUUCACGCCUGCUGAGAACAAACAAAUAUAAGUUAGAAGGAAACAAUAACUUAAUAUAUGAGACUUGUUUGAAAUGUGUCCAAAAUACCUAAAUUUAUAUAAAUAUGUUGUCAUAUAAAUAUUCACUUCUCCCUAAAUUGGUCUUUGAAAACAUUUCUUCUUAAAGAACCCCAAUGGAAAUAAUUCACUCUGACUUUUUUGGGUUAUCCCAGUGUAUAAUUGAAUAAACUUACCUACUUACCUAC